CUUCAAACCACCACGGGCUGUGUCUUAGCUGUUACGACUCCUCUCUCAAGUCUCAGGCUUUCAGUUGCCCUUCUCGUCAGGUGGCAGAAUGGAUGUGGGUAGUGACAAGGACAUAACUCGUGUUCUCUUUUGUGGACUGCAUUUUACAGCAUCUCAGAACUAUACUAGAGAAUACUUGCAAAAUUAUCCCUUUAUCCAGGUUGAUGAUGUUCCCCUUGAUGCCGUGCCUGAUGUAAUAAAAAACUACCAUAUUUGUGUGAUAAAAAACAUGCGGCUAGAUUCAAAUGUUAUAUCUCAUGCAAACCAGAUGAAGCUUCUUCUGCAGUUUGGUGUUGGCCUAGAAGGUGUUGAUGUUGAUGCUGCUACAAAGCAUGGGAUCAAAGUCGCUAGAAUUCCAGGUGAUGCAACUGGAAAUGCAGUGUCAUGUGCUGAAAUGGCCAUCUAUCUAAUGUUGGGCCUUCUUCGGAAACAGAAAGAAAUACAAAUCUCUAUAGAGGAGAAAAUGCUUGGAGAGCCAGUUGGUGAAACAAUACUGGGAAAAACAGUCUUCAUUAUGGGAUUUGGAAAUAUUGGAAUUGAAUUGGCAAAGCGCUUGCGACCAUUUGGUGUGAAAAUCAUUGCUACAAAGCGGAGGUGGAGCUCAAAUUCAGAAGUUCCCCUCCAAUCAAAUGCAAAUGGGAUAACUGAUGAUUUGGUUGAUGAAAAAGGAAGUCAUGAAGACUUACAUCGGUUUGCUAGCAAUGCAGACAUAGUUGUUUGUUGUUUGACUUUAAACAAAGAAACGGCUGGCAUUGUAAACAAGUCAUUCAUAUCUUCAAUGAGAAAGGGUGCUCUUCUAGUAAAUAUUGCUCGAGGAGGCCUGCUAGAUUAUGAGGCCGUUGCUCAACAUCUUCAAUCUGGUCACUUGGGAGGCUUAGGCAUCGAUGUUGCAUGGACUGAACCUUUUGAUCCCAGUGAUCCAAUAUUGAAGUUCAAUAAUGUUCUAAUUACACCUCAUGUUGCCGGGGUCACAGAACACUCCUACAGAUCAAUGGCGAAGAUUGUUGGAGAUGUUGCCCUACAAAUUCAUGCUGGGUCAACUCAGUUGACAGGGAUAGAAUUUGUCAAUUAAUUCACAGCAGCUUAACUCAUCAACCACCCUAUAUGAAUCAAGGUUGAAGAGAUACUCAAUUGAUGAUUGGUCCACUGGAUAUCACUUUCUAAAAUUGCAUUGGCUUGUUCUGGUUUCAUCUGGAUUAUAUGAUAUAAAUUAUUUCAAAUAAUCUAUUAAGAGACAGUGAAAACAUGGAAGUCAUUAAAUCUUAUCAAUGAAUUCGCUUUCCGGACUUUUUUAAUCUU